GCUAUAGUAGUGUUGUCAAUAAUGGGUCUACCAACUCUUCAAUCUUCAUUGCCUCUGAAUGAAUGACCUCAGGUCGUGUAUGCUUAGGGCACGGCCUCUUUUACAUUUUUAUCAAUUCACGGAUACUUUUCAUUCCGCUGGUUUUUAUCUUUGUCAAAAUGAACGUUCGACAGAUGUUUUUCACGUUUGGCAACAUCUGCAAUGCCUUCACCAGAAAUUUAUCCUCCAGUGGCUCAAAGGGACUUUCUGAAAUCGAAAGGAGGAUUGGGAAGCGGCCUAUGACGCUCCAAAACACAGACAAUGUUAGAAUCCAUUUCUGCCAAUCCUCCACUGUUGCAUCAAUACACACAGCCUUUCCUUAUCGACAGAGAAAAAGACGUUCUCCUGAUUUGACAUUUUCGAGAAGUCGGAGUCAGAGUACGGAGCACAUGAGCUCAGAAGAAAAGGCUAAGAAAUUCCAGCGACCAAAAGCGCAAUCUACAAUUGAUGAGCAGGAGAUCAGUCAUUUUUCUGCGCUUUCUUCAUUGUGGUGGGAUGAAGGAGGAGAAUUUGAAGCCUUGCAUUCUCUGAAUGAAUUAAGAAUACCUCUGAUACGAGACGCCAUGAUGUCUCAGAAGACAAUCGAUCAGUACAGGGCAGACAAACCCCUCGAGGGAUUCUGGGUACUAGAUGUUGGGAGCGGUGGAGGAAUUUUGUCUGAGCCUUUGGCGCGGUUAGGGGCGUCUGUGAUUGGAGUGGAAGCCUCAGAGGAGAACAUCAAGAUUGCACAAGCCCAUCUCUUACACGACCCAGCGAUUCGAGACAACAUCAAGUACAUACAUACAACAGUAGAGGAUAUCGCAGAAACGCAGGCUGGAAAAUUUGAUGCUGUUGUUGCUUCAGAAGUCCUAGAGCAUGUAGCAGACGCAAACAUGUUUGUGUCUUCCGCUUGUAAGCUUGUUAGGCCUGGAGGUUCUGUUUUCUUCACAACGCUGAACAAGACAGCCGUGUCCUACGCGCUGGGUAUCGUGGUGGCGGAGCAGAUGCUGAAGCUGGUCUCUCCCGGCACACACGACUGGGACAAGUUUAUCGCACCGCUCGACCUUCAGUACAUGCUGGAAAAAAACAACUUCUCCACAAGACUGGUCCACGGCAUGUGGUACAACCCCUUCAGCAAGAGGUGGUCCUGGUCCAAGGACACGAGCAUCAACUACGCCCUCCAUGCCGUACGGGCGCCGGCGGUUGAGGCUCUGGAGGAAAAUGUUUGGACAACCGAGACAGAAUCUGCCUCAGAGCCAGCUCCUCAAAAAGAUUAAUGUUUGUAUUUUUGUCAGAAAAUAGGAUUUCAGGGCAAGGUUUUUGAAGAUGACAAAAAUGUUCUAUUUCGCUUUGGUUGCCCUUGCAAAAAUUUGAUUUGCAAUGUGGUAUGUAUAGAUUUAUAACAUACAAUAUUACAUUGUCACUCAAAUAAAGAUGUAUGCUUUCGUUGGCACCAACACCUAUGUUUUGUUCAUUUUAUGGCGUAGAAUCAAAAGACAGCUUUAUGAUAUGAGCUGUUUGUCUUUGUACUGUAGAGACUUGACAGAACGUUGAGUUGUGAACUAAGUACAGAUGAAUUAACGUUUAUUUACAAGCACCUUAUAUACACCUGUGCAUAUUAACAGUAAAACAUUAGUUUAACUGGACUAUUUUGCACACAGGUGUUGUGUAACUAAGUCAAGAAAAUCUGUAAAUUCUCUAAAUUAUUCUUAAGAGAAAGCGAGUUCUUCCGAAGGAUCUGACUGGCUUUUGUUUUUUCUUUUCUUUUCUGCCAUUGUCAUAUUUCCUUUUGUGUCUAUUCUGCAUGACCUUAAAUGUAUCUACCACUACCAGAUCUGUGGCAUACAUCGGUGAUCAUGGUUCUCCAUUCAUUCCUUUGCUCGGAUGCUCUUAAAAAAGCUAUGUUUCCCUGAUCUUUCCCUGUUACCCAUUUGUUUAGGUUCCGUAAGAAGGUUGCUUUGGGCCUACCCCUGCCUCGUUUGCCUUCAAUUUUGCCAGUGAGAGCUAGAUAUUCUAGACUGUUACGUCUCUUUAGGUGUCCCAAACACUAAUUUAAUAAUACCUCUCAUAAUUUAAGGUUUUAUUAAUUCCAGCUUAGCUUUUUGACAAGCAUGAAGGCGGACAUUGAAAACUGACGGGUUAUUCAUAAGAGAAGAAACCCUUCCAUCAGUCAAUACAAUGGCAUUCUUGUGUCCCCUGCUGCCUUGGUUUUUCACUCUGAAUGCGAGUGUUUGUGGUGUGUAACAAAUUUGUGUGCCUUGAAUAAAUAAAUCAGUCAUGCUGAAAUACUU